AACGUUGGUCUUUUGUCCCCAACACUUCACCGUACUUCUGCCGUCAAGCGCCGCUGAUUGUCGCAGUCUUCACUUAAGCAGCAGAGGUCACAACAAACCUUUCAGAAAACACAAAGAGCAUCGGACACGACCAGGACUGAGAAACACCUUUUCUCUCAGCAUGGGAGGUGAUCACGGCCACAGCAAGAUGCCCUUGCCGGACUGGCGGCAGUGGAAGGUGGAAGGAACCCCGCUGGAGUUCACGCAGCAGCGACUGGCAGCCAGAGGCCUCAAAGACCCCUGGGCCCGCAACGAGGCGUGGAGGUAUUCAGGCGGAUUCGCACGUGCGGUCACUUUUUCAGAAGUUCUGUUCCGAGGAUUUAAAUGGGGCUUCGCUGCGUUCACCGUCGCUCUGGCAAUAGAGUACACCAUGUUUCCUCCAAAGAAAGGAGGACACUGAUUCUCCUCCAUUAUGUAAUUUGAUCCUACGAUAUUCUGCAUUUUCAGUUUAAUAAAGCUUCUUUUGAUCACC